GAUUGCACUGAGUAGCAUUGCACUUUCCUGUGUAAUGUGGUAGCAGGGUGGCUACGUCAACAUUUUAUGAUUGUCAGCCUUUCAUUUCCUAAUGCCGUAUUAAUUUUGGUUUAUGGUGGGUUGUACUUCACCGCGUCCUUAAAUGACUUGACGACAGCGCUUUGGGCUGCAGGGGUUUCCUCAGUUUACGAAGGAGUUCCGGUCCUACAGCGGCCACGUACCUUGUUUUGUUACAGGUGGAGGGAUGAGUUGCUCCCCUGUGAUUGGCACAGAGGUGUCGGAAAUGGCAAACGGGAUAAUGACCCCUCCCUCUUCAGACAGUCCUCAUAUUGCGGGCUCGUCGAAAUGCGUGCUGCAUAAAGAGGACUUUCCCGAGCAGGAAUCAGAAGAUGGCUGCCUCGGACACACAGAAAACCACGUGGGUGGAGAAAGGAGCGUUUAUAGUCUUCAUGGUUUGGACACAGAAAUAGGUGACAAUGUGAGAACAAGUCUCUUUUCACCACACGCCUCUCAUGAGAUGGACCUCUCACCCUCUGAGGACACAUACAAAGCAGACUCUGACUACACCUUGGGCUGUCCUGCGGACUCGGGCGCUGUGCAGCCUGAGCGUCAGGCCUGGUCAGAGCGAGCACCAUGUGAACUUUCGUCUUGCAGAGGACAUCCUGUUGCUGCAGACGUGUACGGUGGAGAGGAGGAAAAAGAGAAACAGGAUGAGGAGGAGGAUGAGAAGAAGUGGCGAAAUGAGUCCUCGGAACAGAGAAAGGAGGUUGAGUCUUUACGUCGCUACUCCUCCUCAGCACCGGGUCCCAGCACCUCCUCCGCUUCCUCCUCCUCGCCGCCGCCUCCCCUUGUCCCCUCCAAUAAUGUCCCCUGCCCCCCUCAUGUCAUGGCCCAGGUGUGGGUCCGAAACGUCCGAGGGAUGCAGGACAGCAAAAGCUUGGAUGAGAUCAGUCAAGCCUGUGGAGGUGGAGUGGGGGCCCGGGGAGCAGGCAGAGGGAGCCAAUCCGAGGGCCGACGGGCGACAAUCUCCUCGGCCCUUGAGCUGGAGGGCACGGUUAGCCAUGAGGGCGACCUCACCAACUUCAUCACCAAGAACCUGGAACAGAAGAUCAAGAUGAGCUCAAAGCCGAGUCUGGACUGCAGUGACUCGGACUGUUCAGGUCCCAUCUACCGCAGCCGAGGGUUGUCGCGGCGACCGGCAGAUAUCCCGCCCAUUGAUCCGACCGUCCUGGUUGACCUUCAGAGGCACACGCAGGAGGUGGCCCAGAGUGUGGAGAAGAUGAUGCGAAGCCUUAACGGAACCAUCCAGAAUAUGACUGCUUUGAGCGUGGGUUACAUUCAGACUUACAGAGACUCUGUGGACAGCCUGGGGGAGUCUGUGGACAUGAGUAUCAAGAGCAUGUACACGCUGAUGGCACGAUGCGAGGAGUUGGACCGCUCCAUGCAGCCCAUCAACAUCCUGGCGGCGCAGAUCCGAGACAUCAAGCGGACCCUGGAUGCUUUGGAGGCCAUUUGCAAGUAACUCCACCUACGGAC